UCUUGAGCAACUGACCGAUUCCCGUACACAACUUAGUCACCCAAUAUAUUUUUACAGAUUUAGCUCUGAUAGUAUAAAGCCAAAGAUGGUUUAAUUUAUUUUAGUCUUUCAUUACUUUUGUCUUUUAUUUUAUAAUGUUGAUGUUCGUCUUAGUUGUCUUUUGAAAACUUUGCAGGGUUAUAAAUUUAAUCUAAAUUAUUGUGUUUGAAUUAAUACUCAUUUUAAUUUUAGAAAUCUCUAAUGACAACUCUGCUGUACAAUAUUUGCUAAUGGAACAUAAUUAUGCUGAGACAAGUAAAUCAAGGGGAAAGCCUAGAAUUGAUAGCGUCAGAUCAUCCAUCAUACAACCUCAACUAGAUAUAAAUUUUGAACAAAUUCAUAACAAUGUUCUCUCUUGCUCCAAUAAUGACAUGAAACAGUCACACAAAAAUUUCAAAAACAAAUUGACAUUGCCUGAACAGAGUAUUACACCAAAAGAGGACACCAAGAGGCACAAACUCGAGCUUACUACUGGUACAAGCCAUACUUCCUACUCUGCUGAUAGGACUGAUCUGAUGGUGGCCAUCACGACCGAUAAAUCAAACUACAUCAGUGAAGAAAAUUCAGAACUGGUACAAAAGCUUCUGCACAAGGCGAUCCUCGACUUUUGUGAUGGAGAUAGGCCUGUACAUCCCUUUCCAUCGUUUCAAAUAAAACCGACGUAUUCAGAAGGAGUCCUGAAACUUUGGUGCCUAGACAAAUUCACAUUAGCUUGGCUAACAAAAGCAGUCUCCGAUAUAACCUUACCCGCUGACGUUAAACCAAUAGUUAAAAAAUUAUCUGAUCUUCCAACGUUCAUUCGCUGCCGUAUCCUCAUACCGGGUACAUGGGAAGAUAAAGACAUGGUUUUCCGAGUUCUAAUGAACCAAAAUCAUUGGGCACAGAUAAAUCGUUGGCGCACGUACAGGUACCUACCACAAAAAGGUGUGGCAUUGUGUGUAGUGGGUGUACCUGAUGAUGUCAUCCCGCGUUUAUUGGAGGCGGGGCGGAGACUCAGUUUUAUGUUGGGCUCCGUUUACGUGAAGUUAAAUACGGGUAUACGGAAAUUUAUUCGGACAUUGCCGAAAUCAAAUAACUCCGUAGUAGACAGUCCUAUAGACGAGAGCACCACGUCCACAAUAACAUUAGAGGAAGUGUCAAGCACUAGUAACAUGAUAGAGCCCAGAGUUACUAUAGGAUUUAUACGACCAACAACUGAGCCUAUCGAAUUGGAUAUGGAAUUGCCCAGUGUAUUGCUCUCUGAAUCCAAUGAUGUGGAAGUGGAGGAGGUUGCAUAGCAGCCGAAACUAUUCAAAUUGAAUUCACAUCACGCAGAAAAGUUGACUCCACUCUAAUGACGGUGGCCUCGAUUGCUAACUAUCUCCAACCAACCUACAAACAUGGUGGAGGAAAAAUAAAUCGUUAAAAUAACCAUUGUUUGAGUAAAUACGAGUGUUUCAACAUAAAAAAUAAAAUGGCUACGAGAAUGUGAUCAUAACAGACUGUGACACUUGUCACGAUUUCGUGGGAUAUCAAAACGCAAUUAAGAGGUAGCGGUUAACUUUUGAAAUAAGAAUCCUUUGGAAAAAAUAGACAAUGUAUGUAACUUAAAAAACGCUAAGAUGUUAAGUCACAAAUUAAACGAUUGAAUGUGGAGUCUUAAUCAAUCAGUUCAAUACCUCUGUGAAGACAUAAUAUUGUCUUACGUCACGACACCUGCAUACAAAGCGUGAAGAUGUAAUAAGUUUUUUUUAGAAUGUAAAACUUUUCAGGAGAUUUAGUCAAUAAUGUUUUAACAGGUAAUCUAUGUUGGGUUUUAAUGUAAAAUUAUUAUGUGAGACAAAAACUAAAACCAAGCCAAAAUUUAGUCUUGUUCAGUUAUUGGAUGGGGUAACAGAUGCAGUGUGAGUGACUUAUGUUGAUGGCUGCUUAGAUUAGAGUCUUAAAUAAUAUUAAUCGAGAAACAAGGCAGAGAGAAGAAGAGAGAAUAUAAUAUGUAUAUAUACAUAUAUUAUAAUGUUGCUAGUCCCAUGGUCACGUUUAAAUUGCACACUUAUUUACGCCCCAGGCCAUAGAUUGUAUGGUCUUGGCAUGCAGUUGAACCCUAUUGAAUAUUUGUGCGCUUCGAUUACAGUGCCUACUGCUUCGAACAUUCUGUGUAGUUUGUCUAUUCUUUAUCAAUGAUGCUACUGCUCUUUUUGUUUUUAUUAUAUUAUUAUUAUAUUUAUUAUAUAAUUUUUAAUGGUUUUAUUUGUUAAGAGAUGAACUUUGUUGCCACGAGGUAUAGUUUCUAAAUUCUAAAAAGUGCCUGUUAAAUUUUUUACACUUUACUUAUUGCGACAUGAUUGCAUAAAUUUGGUAAAAUACUAAUCGCCAUAUAACAUUUUGAUCAAUAAUAUUCUAAACAGAUAAUAAUGCAGAUGAAAUUUGCAUGUCCAUGAGCCAGCUUUUCUCAUAUUAAUGAGUCAAAACAAGAUAAUAAUAUAAAUAACUAAAUAAUAAACAGUAAUUUACCUCUAAAUUUUAAAUUACGUAAGUGAAAUCGUGAGAUAUAUAUUAUCAAAAAUGCUCAUAGUAGUUUCAAGCUUAUAAACAAUUACAUACUUAAUGUUAUUAGUAGUUUCUUUAAUUACAUUAAUUUAUCUUCUACUUGAUCUUCAUUUGAAUAUACAGUCGUGGUCAACUAAUUAGGGACAAUCUCUAGUUAAGCCAAAUUGUGAAUAUUUUUUUUAUUUUCCAACGAGUCUUAGCAAUGUUCCAUAUCUUUUACAUGUAAGUGUAAUUAGUCAUUUAUGUGCGCGAUUAUACAAACAAUAAUAACUUCUUAAACAUUAAACCUCUUUACAGUAUAGCUGAUACAAUAUCAUAGUGCUAUUGGUUCAAAUAAUGCUGGCUGGCCAUUUAAUUAGGGACACUGAGGUAUUGUGUUCUAAUUAAAAAAUUGGAAUUUUAAUACUUUUUUGUUUCUUUUCUUAUUGUUUAGUGGUCGUUUUGGCGGCAAUCCCGAUUUUUUAUUUUAAGUUUUGAGAAUUAUUUUGAAGAAAAAUAGACAAAAAUAAAAGUUGCGAUCCGACACUACGAAAAAUUAUCAUGAAGUUUGUCGAGCGUGGUUGGUCAUACCGAAGGAUAGCACAACAUUUAAAUUGUUCAAAAACUAUGGUAUGCAAUGCAGUGCAACAUUUCAAACGCUAUAACACAGCUUUAAACGUGUCCAGAACAAAAAGAUAGAGAAAACCGACUCCGCAAGAAGAUAGAAUGAUAACCAGGUUAGCUAAGAAAGAUCCGUUUCUAGGCUCUAUUUUAAUUAAACACGAAGUGUUUGGGGCAAACGAAAGAGCCGGUGUAUUUGCGAGAACCGUUCGACGAUGUUUGGUA